AUGGAACCUUGUAGUCUCCAACACUCUACGGCCCUUUAUACACAAUCCGGUGAAGCGAGAGCCACCGUUGAGCCAAAGAAAACCGCAAAACCGGCUGCUCCGAUAUUUCUGUCUGUCAUGGCUUCUUUCGGCAUCUCGCCUUUGAUGCAUGAGCUCUUGUUUUACUAUGUCACUCGCGCGCGUCCCUCGGGGGAAAUGAUGUGCUUCUAUCUCCUACAUGGUUUGAGCUUGGCAAUUGAACUGAAGGUGAAGAAGGCGCUGGCUCAUAGGGUGCGGAUUCCCCCAGCAGUUUCAGGGUUGUUGAAAAUGUCGUUUUUGAUUGUCACCAACCAUUGGCUAUUUUAUCCUCACCUAUACAGAACUGUGGCGGACGCAAGGACUUUAGAGGAGUCUGCAAGAAUGGUGGAGUUUGUGAAGGCUAACAUUUCCAGAUUUAUGAAGAGGAUGGGUGUGUUGGGAUUACUUUGUGCUUCUACUUGGUCCAUACAUAGGGCAGCUAUAUUUGUAGUAUUGGGUAUGAUUUUGAACCUGGGAGUGGUGUGUAAUGGAGGCAAAACUAGCACUUUUGUUAGGCAAAUUGACAGAGGCUUGGAUAUGCCUCUUGACAGUGAUGUGUUUAAAGUCCCUCCAGGCUACAAUGCACCUCAACAAGUUCAUAUAACGCAAGGCGACCGUCAUGGGAAGGGUGUGAUUGUGUCAUGGGUGACUGUGGAUGAACCAGGUUCCAGUACUGUGCUUUACUGGAGUGCAAAUGGGAAGCAAAUGAAGGCUGAGGGAAAAGUUAAAACCUAUAACUUCUACAAUUACACUUCUGGUUACAUUCACCACACCACAAUCAAAAAACUAAAGUUCAAUACCAAAUAUUACUAUGUCGUUGGAAUCGGCCACACUGAGCGGCAGUUCUGGUUUGUAACUCCUCCUAAAGUUGGUCCAGACGUCCCUUACACCUUUGGUCUCAUAGGGGAUCUGGGUCAGACCUUUGAUUCAAACAAGACACUAACCCAUUAUGAGAGAAAUCCAUUGGAAGGAGAAAUGGUUUUAUUUGUUGGUGACCUCUCGUAUGCGGAUGACUACCCUGAUCAUGAUAAUGUCAGAUGGGAUACAUGGGGAAGAUUCACAGAGCGAAGUGUUGCUUAUCAACCUUGGAUAUGGACUGCAGGGAAUCAUGAAAUUGAUUUGGCCCCUGAAAUUGGUGAAACAAAAUCGUUUAAGCCUUACACGCAUCGGUAUCAUGUCCCAUAUAAAGCAUCAGGAAGUACUGCUCCUUAUUGGUACUCAAUCAAGAGAGCUUCAUCCUACAUCAUUGUCUUAGCUUCAUAUUCCGCAUAUGGUAAAUACACUCCUCAGUACCUAUGGCUUGAGCAAGAGCUAUCAAAAGUUAAUAGAAGUGAGACACCAUGGUUAAUUGUCUUAAUGCAUUCCCCAUGGUAUAAUAGCUAUAACUAUCACUAUAUGGAAGGAGAAAGCAUGAGAGUGAUGUUUGAGCCCUGGUUUGUACAGUACAAAGUCGAUGUGGUAUUCUCUGGUCAUGUCCAUGCCUAUGAACGAUCUGAACGCAUAUCCAAUGUUGCAUAUAACAUUACAAAUGGUAAUUGCAUUCCUGUGAAAGAUCAAUCUGCUCCUGUGUAUAUUACCAUUGGGGAUGGAGGAAAUCUUGAAGGCUUAGCAACCUCCAUGACAGAGCCACAGCCCGAGUACUCGGCCUAUCGAGAGGCCAGCUUUGGUCAUGCCAUUUUUGACAUCAAGAACCGAAGCCAUGCUUAUUUUGGCUGGCACCGUAAUCAAGAUGGAUAUGCUGUAGAAGCUGAUUCUAUGAUGUUCUUGAAUAGACACUUUCUUCCUCUUGAUGAUUCCACAAGUGCUUGA